UUAGUGAGAGAGAGAGGGGUGUGUGUGUCAAGAGGAUCUCCAUUGAAAUGGAGUGCUUCAGUGUUUUUGUUCAGUUGAUGUUGGUAAGCGUUGCCUCUGCUGGGAUAAAUGGAAUACAUUGGACAUAUACAGGUACGUAUUUAUUCAUUUGACUUUUAGUUAUCUAUAGUUUUUUUUUUUUUUUUUGGACACCAAAUCCCAGAAAGACCACAAAGUCUUGAAACUCAUUAAAACAAAUUUUCUUAAUUUCAAUGAAUUAUUAAUUUAUUAAAGAUGAUUAACUUUACUUUAAAUGAUGAAGAGAAAGAGUUUGAGAACUGAAGUUUGCAAUGUGUUAUUGCUGUUUAAAUCAGUGCUCAUGAUGACAAACAAGAACCAAACAUGAUGAUCAGGCACUGUCUGUGAUUAUAGCUGUGGAAAAUACUAGGUCAUUAUCAUAUUGUGUCAUGUCUGAGCUCUUCUGCCUGUCAUUUGGUUUGUGAUGCAGAGUUUCCUGUACUGCCUCUCUUACAAACCACCAGUCAGACAUUUGUGUUUAGAGGUUUUGUGAUUACACCAAGGUGCUGUGAAGGUCUGCCUACAAGGAGAACAGAGGCACUUUAUGCAGAACUGUCUGCUUGGACUAUAGCCGGAGGCGUGGGCAGCCAGUGAAAACGUUGGGCCAAGUUUACGUUGUUGCACUGUUCAUUAUCUUCGUUUAUCGUCCACCUGCGGCGUUCUGUUUCUCCCUGCGUCAGAAGGGGCCCUGGACCAGGUGCACUGGGCAGAGCAGUAUCCUGCGUGCGGCGGCCGGAGACAGUCCCCGAUUGACAUCCAGCGGCGGAGCGUGCGACACAACCCCCGCAUGCUGAAGCUCGAGCUCUCCGGAUAUGAUGCUCAGAGGGGCAACUUCCUCAUGAAAAACAACGGACACUCAGGUAAAAAGUAGCGUGGGAUGAUGUCUGAAAUAACAAAACAAAAACAAACAUUUUUCCCACUUCAUAUUCCCAGUGUAACUUUAUUUUUAAUCACAUUUUAGUCUAUACUGUUUUAUUAUAUUGAAUGAACAGUCUAUACGUUUUGAAACAUUUUUGGCAACAGUAACAUCUUAAAAAGUUUAUCUAAAUUAGUUAGGAUUGUUACCUUUAGCAUAAUCUCAAUGGGACUACUCAAAAUGUCUUCCUGUGUGGUUCGGUUGGUAGAGCAGGGUCCUUGCAAAAACAAUAAAUGUGGGUUUGAUUCCCGCUGGGGCCACCCGCAUGUAUGCACGCUCGACUUGCUUUUGGAUAAAAGCUGUCCACUAAAUGACUUACGUUAUAAUUGUUAAAAUGCCUUCUUGUGUUGGGCAGUUCAAAUCGUCCUCCCUCCCAGCAUGGUGAUCACCAAGGGUCUCCCUGGGCGCUACACGGCCGUCCAGAUGCACCUCCACUGGGGCGGCUGGGACCUGGAGGAGAGCGGGGCAGAACACACCCUGGAUGGCAUCAGAUACAUGGCAGAGGUGGGGGGCUAGUGCUACACGUACGCUACGCCAUAAAACCUUCAGGUUUCUGAAUGAUUUAAAACAGCACAGCAAAUAGAAGGUGGGCUUGACUAUAGUGGGCCUUAACAGCAGCCUUUGUGCCAUCAUAAUAAUAUAAUAAUAAUAAUAAUAAUAAUAAUAUAAUAAUAAUAAUAAUAUUGCCAUCAUGACACAAGGAGUUGACCUGAUAGCACAAACAGAUCUGGGACCAGGCUACCGCGACCUCAACAGUGCAUCUCAGUAAUACUGAUCUGGGACCAGGCUACCGCGACCUCAACAGUGCGUCUCAGUAAUACUGAUCUGGGACCAGGCUACCGCGACCUCAACAGUGCAUCUCAGUAAUACUGAUCUGGGACCAGGCUACCGCGACCUCAACAGUGUAUCUCAGUAAUACUGAUCUGGGACCAGGCUACCGCGACCUCAACAGUGCAUCUCAGUAAUACUGAUCUGGGACCAGGCUACCGCGACCUCAACAGUGCAUCUCAGUAAUACUGAUCUGGGACCAGGCUACCGCGACCUCAACAGUGUAUCUCAGUACUACUGAUCUGGACAUAGUUGUUUAAAGAUUUUAAUACUGUACUCGUUAUAUCCAUACAACAGUCACAAGUCCAGCAUAGCAAAUAUAUUCAAUUUAUUUGGUUUUCAUGUUCUUGGUGGACCAUAGAGCCUGUACUUAAGUUAUCCUCUUGGUUCCUGGAGGAACAUAGGGCCUGUACUAAAGUUAUCCUCUUGGUUCCUGGAGGAACAUAGGGCCAGUACUUAAGUUAUCCUCUUGGUUCCUGGAGGAACAUAGGGCCAGUACUUAAGUUAUCCUCUUGGUUCCUGGAGGAACAUAGGGCCAGUACUUAAGUUAUCCUCUUGGUUCCUGGAGGAAUAUAGGGACUGUACUAAAGUUUUCGAACGGUGACGGUCUUGGGCUGAUUUCUCACCCUCUAGCCAUGACAAGCGGAUCUUCUUGAGUUGUUGUAUGGAUAAUGUAUAGAUUAGUUUGAAUCAGAUGUACACUCGGAUUUUCACAAACUGAAUUAUUGCUGCAUAUAUAUUGUAUAUGGUGGUUUCCCUUCCAACAGGUUUGUCAACUGGAGCAACUUGCAGCUUACAAUUAUGAUAAACAAUGAGGGGUGGACUGGCCGUAGGGCAGUUAGGGCAAACGGCAGAUUGGCUGGUCCAUUUGUAGCCUAGUGGGCCUGUCUAAACUGGGUUUUUUUUGUGCAAAAUGAUCAUUAUUUAGCUAAUAAUGUGGGCCUCGAGGGAAAAAAUGGGCCUGUGUGUUAGAAAUGUCUGGGCAGAUUUCAGGUCCCAGUUCGUCUCUGUGAAAAAUAACUCCUGUAUUUGUCUUCUUUGUCCUCUGUGUUUCAGCUCCACGUUGUUCAUUAUAACUCUGAUAAGUACAAGAGCUUUCAAGAGGCCAGUGACAAGCCUGACGGACUGGCAGUUCUAGCCUUCUUCUACGAGGUGAGAUCUGGUUCUCCAUCUUCUUCUGUUACUUAUCAUUAUUAUUAUUAUUAUUUUGGUCCCACUUUAAAUGGCAUUCAGCUUUAUAAAGGCUUCACAAAGCCUUCAUAAUGCCUUCAUAAGCACUACAUACAUGUGUUACAAAGCAUCUAUAACCGUGUGUCAUGCUUUAUAAAGGGUUCAUAAAUGUGGCAUAACUGUGUGACAUAAUCACCAAUGUCAAAUGUGUCAUAACCCACUGUCGAAUAUGAUAUAAACAUGUGCUUUAUAAAGGAUGACAUGUUGUGGCGCAGUGGUCUAAGGCACUGCAUCGCAGUGCUAGCUGUGCCACUAGAGAUCCUGGUUCGAAUCCAGGCUGUCUGUCGUAGCCGGCCGCGACCGGGAGAUGCAUGGGGCGGCGCACAAUUGGCCCAGCGUCGUCCAGGGUAGGGUAGGGAAUGGCCGGCAGGGAUGUAGCUCAGUUGGUAGAGCAUGGCGUUUGCAACGCCAGGGUUGAGGGUUCGAUUCCCACGGGGGUAUGAAAAAAUAAAUAAUGAUAAUAAUAAUAAUAAUAAUAAUAAUAAGUAUGCACUCACUAACUGUAAGUCGCGUCUGCUAAAUGACUAAAAUGAAAAAAUGUAAAAAAUAUAGUGAAAUCAUGUUAGUCACACCAAACCUAAUGUCAUUCCCAGACACUUCCACCCAAAUGCGCUGAAGGUCUGGUGGACCAACUCAUCAAACUUGGGCUUCAUUAGUUAGGGUUUGGUUUAAAAUCACAUUUUAAUAAGAUAAAUUGUGCAAAUAGAAUGGGCGGGGUUUAGCCAUAAUUACAUUAAUGACUUUGUGGCUGUGUUAACUACAUGUACAUUUUAGUCAUUUAGGAGACGCUCUUAUCCAGAGCGACUUACAGUUAGUGAGUGCAUACAUUAUUUAAAAAAAUAAAAUAAAAUCAUACUGGCCCCCCCGUGGGAAACGAACCCACAACCCUGGCGUUGCAAACGCCAUGCUCUACCAACUGAGCUACAUCCGGGGGAAUGACGACCAGGGGAAUGUUUUUGCUAGCAAAGGACAUAGCCUGAUGACAAAUACUUUAUUCAGUAAGGUCACAGUAAGGUCACUCUCAUAGAAUCAGGUUGGACUACUCCAAAUCAUCUUGGUUCUGACACACAUAAAAAAAUACGCAAGCUUUGCAGGUCCAUCAACCCAUUUAAAUACCUCUCACACCCUACAGUAACCUGUGGACCAUGAGAGAACCGUCAUAAAUCAGCAGAACGUUAAUAACCUGUUUAUUGACACUUCGCGUCGUGUCCUGUAACACUUAGUUUGAAGUGAGACACCUUUGGUCAUUCAUAACACAUCCAUAAAGGCUUAAUGAUGUAAACACAAAUGUAUUAACGUUUAGGGAAUUUUCACUAACUGUUAAAACAAAAUAAACAUUAAAGACGUGUUUUAACCAUACAAUUCCUUUGAUUUUGACAUUUUUUAAAACAAUACAAAUACAUGAAGUUUCAAAAAGUCCAGCAAUGUACUUACAUUGAACAUCACACAGGGCUGUGAAUAGUGCAGCUUGACGCUGAGCGGGUGGAUGAAUGGUUCUUUCCUCUCUGACUGCCGGGGGUCCUAGCUGGCUAGCUAGCAAUUGCUGUGAAGUCCCCAAAAUUAUUUGAAAUAACGAUUGAGGUAGCUAUGUAAUCCAGCUAUGUAAUCCAGCUCAACACGUAACUAGAUUAAUUGAAAUUACAAUAAAUAAAAGUUAAUUUACUAGUUUUUUUGCUGUUCAGUGGCACCACAAUGGGCAUUUGACACUUGUGGGGGUCGUAGAGCAAAACAGAUAACACCAUCAUGUUUGUGAGGGUCUCCCCUUUCCAUAGCGUGGUCAUAAUAGUUCAAACCGUUCGGAUGCUACAGACAUUUCAUGAGAAGACCAAUUUUCGAGAUGUCUCAUGGUCUGUUUAUCUCUCCUGUGGCCAUGUAGCCAGUCUGUUUAUCUCUCCUGUAGUCAUGUAGCCAGUCUGUUUAUCUCUCCUGUGGCCAUGUAGCCAGUCUGUUUAUCUCUCCUGUAGUCAUGUAGCCAGUCUGUUUAUCUCUCCUGUAGUCAUGUAGCCAGUCUGUUUAUCUCUCCUGUAGUCAUGUUGCCAGUCUGUUUAUCUCUCCUGUGGCCAUGUAGCCAGUCUGUUUAUCUCUCCUGUGGCCAUGUUGCCAGUCUGUUUAUCUCUCCUGUAGUCAUGUAGCCAGUCUGUUUAUCUCUCCUGUGGCCAUGUAGCCAGUCUGUGUAUCUCCCCUGUAGCCAUGUUGCCAUCCUUCCUCUGCUUUAGCCAAUGUGUGGUUGUUUUGCCUCAUUUUGGCAAGGAGACCAUGAUGUAUCCUAGGAAUGCAGAAUCCAUCACAUACCUGUUUGUGUGUUUGUGUUUUUUCCGUUAUAGGACGGACAUUUUGAGAACACCUACUACAGCGAUUUCAUCAACAACCUGGAAAAAGUCAAGUACGCAGGUGAUUUUGGUUUUCUUUAGAAUAUUACUGAAUCUAUCUACAUUAAUAACAUUAUUACUGAAUCUAUCUACUUUAAUAAAUGUAUUACUGAAUCUAUCUAUGUUAAUAACAUUAUUACUGAAUCUAUCUACAUUAUUAACAGUAUUACUGAAUCUUACUGAUCUAUUAUUUACUUAACACUUUUUUAAACAUUUCUUAUAAACUGCAUUGUUGGUUAAGGGCUUGUAAGUAAGCAUUUCACUGUAAGGUCUACACCUGUUGUAUUCGGUGCAUGUGGCAAAUAAAAUUUGAUCUGAUUUAUCUACAUUAAUAACAGUAUUACUGAAUCUAUCUACAUUAAUAACAGUAUUACUGAAACGAUCUACAUUAAUAACAGUAUUACUGAAUCUAUCUACAUUAUUAACAGUAUUACUGAAUCUAUCUACAUUAAUAACAGUAUUACUGAAUCUAUCUACAUUAAUAACAGUAUUACUGAAUCUAUCUAUAUUAAUAACAGUAUUACUGAAUCUAUCUACAUUGAUAACAGUAUUACUGAAUCUAUCUACAUUAAUAACAGUAUUACUGAAUCUAUCUACAUUAAUAGCAGUAUUACUGAAACUAUCUACAUUAUUAACAGUAUUACUGAAUCUAUCUACAUUGAUAACAGUAUUACUGAAUCUAUCUACAUUGAUAACAGUAUUACUGAAUCUAUCUACAUUGAUAACAGUAUUACUGAAUCUAUCUACAUUGAUAACAGUAUUACUGAAUCUAUCUACAUUGAUAACAGUAUUACUGAAUCUAUCUACAUUAAUAACAGUAUUACUGAAUCUAUCUACAUUGAUAACAGUAUUACUGAAUCUAUCUACAUUAAUAACAGUAUUACUGAAUCUAUCUACAUUGAUAACAGUAUUACUGAAUCUAUCUACAUUGAUAACAGUAUUACUGAAUCUAUCUACAUUGAUAACAGUAUUCACAGCUCAUUUUCUCUCUUCACCUGUUGGGUUGUUGUACAGGCCAGUCCAUGAACAUAUCUACCCUCAACGUGCGUUCCAUGCUGCCCGAGAACCUGAACCAUUUCUUCAGAUACCAGGGCUCUCUCACCACCCCUCCAUGUUACGAGAGCAUCCUGUGGACCGUGUUCGACACGCCCAUCACUCUCUCUCACAACCAGGUACUAUACCCAUCACCCUCUCUCACAACCAGGUACUAUACCCAUCACCCUUUUCUCACAACCAGGUAACCCUGCUCUCUCUCUCUCACAAACCUGCUGAUGUGUGAAAUUAACUUUUCAAUUCUCCAAAACUGUGAAGUGAACUCUGCAGCAAGCCUCCAUGAAAAGCAUAUAAACAGCCCUGCGAAAGAUUAAAUCAUUAAUUCAUCCAUUUAUUCAUCCAUUCAUUCAUUCGAUUGAUUGAUUGAUUCAUUCAUUCUCCUCUCCUCUUCCACUCCUUCUCCUCUGCUCUGCUCUCCUCUCCCCCCUGUCCAGAUCAGGAAGUUGGAAAGCACUCUGAUGGACAUGGACAAUAUGACCCUGUGGAAUGAUUACCGCAUGGCCCAACCUCUCAACGACCGCGUGGUCGAGUCCUCCUUCUUGCCUGGCCUGGGGAAAGGCAGUAUGUAUACAGAACCUGCUCUUAGGGAUUCAAUAGAUGAACUAAAACAGAGCAAAUAUGAUCAUAUGUCUAUGUAGAUACAGGUCCUGCUGUAUAUGAUAGGAAAUGGAUCAACUGGUUGUCCUAAUAAUGCUGUAGCCUCCAUUUGAAAAGGCAGUAUGUACAAACUCCAAGCAUUGAUUAUGCAAGAAUGGGCUGCCAUCAGUCAGGAUGUGGCCCAGAAGUUAAUUGACAGCAUGCCAGGGCGGAUUGCAGAGGUCUUGAAAAAGAUGGGUCAACACUGCAAAUGUUGACUCUUUGGAUAAACUUAAUGUAAUUGUCAAUAAAAUCCUUUGACACUUAUGGAAUGCUUGUAAUUAUACUUCAGUAUACCAUAGUAACAUCUGACAAAAAAUAUCUAAAAACACUGAAGCAGCAAACUUUGUGAAGACCAAUACUUGUGUCGUUCUCAAAACUUUUGACCAACGACUGUAUCUUCAGUUGCUCCGUGUUCGUGCGCCGUGCUUUGAAAGCGAGGUAAACAGCAUCUUGGUCUCUUAAAUGUCACAUUUACGUAUACAGGACCUGCUGCGUGUGCUAGGGAAAGGAAUGGAUACAUUCUACUCUUAAGCAGGAAUGCUGAGAGCUAGAUAGCUCUGUGCAUUAAAGCCAAUGGUUGUAGAUAUAUCUCAUACUGAUGCUCAACCAUUGUAUUUAAUUAAAGUGGAUUUCUAAGAACUGAUUUAGAUUAUGCUCAAUAUGGAACCCAUCAGAGAGGAAUCAGGGACUUUCUCAGACCAUCUUCACUUUCUUUCUCUCUCUCUCUCUCUCUCUCUCUCUCUCUCUCUCUCUCUCUCUCUCUCUCUCUCUCUCUCUCUCUCUCUCUCCACUCAGUGUUCUGUCGCCAAGAUGAAAUAGAAUCAAAGCUUUUGAAGAUUGAGGGUCUGAUUACUUCUCUUGGAAAACACAUACAUUCAAGUAAGAGUUUUUCACUUUUUACCUUUAAAAGUAUAGUCAUGAGUUGAAGGUUUAAGUGAACUGACUCUUGGAACUGUUUUUGUUAAAGAAGGUGGAAUUGGGGACGUAAGGCCUUCCAAACAUGGUGAGUAGUUAGGUAGGGAGAACCCCAUCCGCUACGAGUUGCUCCUAUAUAUUAUGUGUAAUAACAACACUGUGUUAUUACAAUGUAGUUACAAUAGUAGUUACAAUAGUAGUUACAAUAGUAGUUACAAUAGUAGUUACAAUAGCAGUUACAGUAGCAGUUACAAUAAUAGUUACAAUAAUAGUUACAAUAGUAGUUACAAUAGUAGUUACAAUAGUAGUUACAAUAAUAGUUACAAUAAUAGUUACAAUAGUAGUUACAAUAGUAGUUACAAUAGUAGUUACAAUAGUAGUUACAAUAAUAGUUACAAUAAUAGUUACAAUAGUAGUUACAGUAGAAGUUACAAUAAUAGUUACAAUAAUAGUUACAAUAGUAGUUACAAUAGUAGUUACAAUGAUAGUUACAAUAAUAGUUACAAUAGUAGUUACAGUAGCAGUUACAAUAAUAGUUACAAUAGUAGUUACAAUAGUAGUUACAAUAGUAGUUACAAUAAUAGUUACAAUAGUAGUUACAAUGAUAGUUACAAUAAUAGUUACAAUAGUAGUUACAGUAGCAGUUACAAUAAUAGUUACAAUAGUAGUUACAAUAGUAGUUACAAUAGUAGUUACAAUAAUAGUUACAAUAGUAGUUACAAUAGUAGUUACAAUAAUAGUUACAAUAAUAGUUACAAUAGUAGUUACAAUAGUAGUUACAAUAGUAGUUACAAUAAUAGUUACAAUAGUAGUUACAAUAAUAGUUACAAUAAUAGUUACAAUAGUAGUUACAAUAGUAGUUACAAUAGCAGUUACAAUAGUAGUUACAAUAGUAGUUACAAUAAUAGUUACAAUAGUAGUUACAAUAAUAGUUACAAUAGUAGUUACAAUAGUAGUUACAAUAGUAGUUACAAUAGCAGUUACAGUAGCAGUUACAAUAAUAGUUACAAUAAUAGUUACAAUAGUAGUUACAAUAGUAGUUACAAUAGUAGUUACAAUAGUAGUUACAAUAAUAGUUACAAUAAUAGUUACAAUAGUAGUUACAGUAGCAGUUCGAACAUUACUACACAGGUAUGUGUAAUGUAUAGGGUAACACUUUACAUUAAGUUGUUAUUUUAUUAUUUCUAUUUAGAUUACUUAUAUUUAGAGAAUGAUUGUUUAUUAGUUGUAUAGCAUUCUGUCUUCUGUGUCGGAUGUUAACCCUAUCCCUCCUGUCCCCCUAUAGAGCCCAGAGCGAUGUCUCCCCUGGUGCUCCACUUCCCAGAGAGGAACUCAGAGAGUUAUGCCCUGGCCCACCUAACUCACCCCAUGGACCUGCACUCCUUCACCGCCUGCAUGCACCUGAGGACGCGCUCUGGAGGGAUACACACUGUCCUGUCAUACUCCAGCCAGGGCAACGACAACGAACUGAUGAUCACCAUGGGAUAUGAGGUGGGUGGGGAGGAGGGAGGAGGGAGGAAGGAGGAGGGAGGAGGGAGGAGGGAGGAGGGAGGAGGGAGGAGGGAGGAGGGAGGAGGGAUUAGGGAGGAGGGAGGAGGGAGGAGGGAGGAGGGAGGAAGGAUGAGGGAGGAGGGAGGAAGGAGGAGGGAGGAAGGAGGAGGAGGGAGGAGGGAGGAGGAGGGAGGAGGGAGGAGGGAGGAAGGAGGAGGGAUUAGGGAGGAGGGAGGAGGGAGGAGGGAGGAAGGAUGAGGGAUGAGGGAGGAGGGAGGAGGGAGGAGGGAGGAGGGAGGAGGGAGGAGGGAGGAGGGAGGAGGGAGGAGGGAUGAGGGAGGAGGGAGGAGGGAGGAGGGAGGAGGAGAGGAGAGAGGAAGGAGGAAGGAUGAGGGAUGAGGGAGGAAGGAGGAGGGAGGAGGGAUGAGGGAGGAGGGAGGAGGGAGGAGGGAGGAAGGAGGAGGGAGGAGGGAUGGAAGGAGGAGGGACAAGGGAGGAGGGAUGAGGGAGGAGGGAUGGAAGGUGGCGGGACGAGGGAGGAGGGAUGAGGGAGGAGGGAUGGAAGGUGGAGGGAGGAGGAAUGAGGGAUGGAAGGAGGAGGGAGGAGGAGGGGAUGAGGGAUGAGGGAGGAGGGAUGGAAGGUGGAGGGAUGAGGGAGGAGGGAGGAGGGAGGAGGGAGGAGGGAGGAGGGAUGGAAGGAUGUGGGGAGGAGGGGAGGGAUGGGGGAGGAGGAGGGAGGAGGGAGGAGGAGGGAGGGAUGAGGGAGGAGGAGGGAGGGAUGAGGGAGGAUGGAAAAGUCAUAAAGUCUUAUUUAUAUUUGUCAUGUGAUCCAUCCAGGUGGGUCUGUGGAUCGGCAACGAGUUUGUCAACCUGCCCCACAACUUCCACUCCCAUGACUGGGCCAACUACUGUGUCACCUGGUCGUCCCACUCCGGGGGGGCUGAGCUGUGGAUCAACGGGCUGGUGGGGGAGGAGCAGUACCUCCGGGGGGGCUACACGAUCAGCCCAGCAGGGGUCUUCAUCCUGGGCAAGGAACAGGACGGCUUCCUGGGGAUCUCUGACACGGGCGCCUUCGUGGGUCAGAUGACGGAUGUCAACGUGUGGGACUAUGUUUUGAGCUCGGCUGAGAUCCAGGAACAGAUGUCCUGUGACACCACCUCUCCGAAGGGGAGCGUGUUCAGCUGGGGGGUCACUCAUCUGAGUCUCUAUGGAGGGGUGCAGCUGGAGACAGACUACAGGUGUCAC